CUAAUUUACAAGACAACAAACCCUGUUCGAAAAACUAUAACCUGGUGCUUUUUUGACAUAGUGAUUUUAAAGACGAGGCUGUGUGCAUCCUUUUCCCUCGUCCUGUUCAUUUGUGUAUACUGUAGCCCCUGCUGCUGCUGCUAAUGUAACUGUCUAUGUUAGCCUGGUACUGAGCUACCAGUUGACCUACUUUCCUUUCCUCAACCUCGUAACACACUGUUUCCAAGCCAGUGGUGGCGGAGGAUGUGAAGUCACACACACACACACACACAUAUAGACAUGAACGCACACGUACGCUCACUGCUUUGACCGGCUGUUCAUAACAACUCUACAAGAACUUGGGUUAGGCGGUUGUGCAACGUAACGCUGUCGGGCUGUCCCUUCUCACAUUCACAUGCUGUUUGCUUUUUAGUUGCUUUUUAAAAUCAUGACCGAUUGGAUUGCAUUGACAAUUCAUAUGGAUAUAUCUAUUUCUGGCGAAGAGCCGCUAUCGAGAAAAGUGUUGGAAUAAGGUCAACACAGAUGGAACUUGAAAAGCUUCACAAAGCAUCCAGUUGGAAAAGGGUGUGAGUAUGGACAACCAAUCGACCUUUAUUGUCCCCUGCUCGUCAACCCACAAGGAUUGGGACAACAUCUGCAUGGAAGAUAUGUAUGAUGAAGAUGAGAAAGACAGGGCAAAAAGGGAAUCACGUAACAAAUCUGAAAAGAAGAGAAGAGACCAGUUCAAUGUGCUCAUCAAGGAGCUAUGUGCAAUGCUGCAGGGCCAAGGACAUCCACACAAGAUGGAUAAGACAACUAUUUUACAGAGAACUAUUGACUUCUUGCAGCAACAAAAAGACAUCACACCAAACAAAAACAUCCGAGAUAUGAGACAAGACUGGAAGCCCGCUUUCCUAAGUAAUGGGGACUUCACUCAGCUAAUGCUGGAGGCCAUAGAUGGUUUCUUGGUUGCAUUAACCACUGAUGGAAACAUCAUAUACGUGUCUGAUAGCGUGUCUUCACUAACGGGUCAUCUCCCGUCAGAUAUGUUGGACCAAAAUAUCUUGAAUUUCCUCCCGGAGCAAGAGCACAGGGAUGUGUACAAGCUGCUAUCUUCUCCAAUGCUGAUAAAAGACAACUCUGAGAAUGUGGUUGAAUUCUGCUGUCAUCUAGCCAGAGGUAACACUGACCCACAACAGACGCCUGUGUAUGAGUAUGUGAAGUUUAUUGGAGAUUUCAAGUUUCAUAACAACGUGCCUAAAUCGACAUGCGACAGUCUUAAAGUGACCUUACACAGAAGCCUACAGUCAGCACUGGAGGAGGAGAUCUGCCUCAUUGCCACAGUCCAAUUAGUCACUCCCCAGUUUGUCAAGGAUUUGUGCAACAUUGAAGACCGCUGUGAUGAAUUCAUUUCCAGGCACAGCCUUGAAUGGAAGUUCCUCUUCUUAGAUCAAAGAGCGUCACCAGUUAUAGGGUACUUACCCUUUGAGGUUCUUGGAACGUCUGGCUAUGAUUACUAUCACGUAGAUGACUUGGAGCCUAUAGCUCAGUGUCAUAAACAGUUAAUGCAGUUUGGAAAGGGUAAAUCCUGCUACUAUCGUUUUUUGACCAAAGGUCAGCAGUGGAUUUGGUUGCAGACUCAUUACUAUAUCACGUAUCACCAGUGGAACUCCAAACCUGAGUUUAUUGUCUGUACUCACACAGUUGUCAGUUACUCUAAAGUACGAGCUGAAAAGAGAAGAGCCGUUGGCCUAAAAGAGCUGUCUCCAUCUGAAAAUGUUCUCCCUUCUGUGAAGGCUCAGGAACUCUACUUGGAUAUCUGCUCCACAAUAAACCCUACAUUGGAUGGAAACAGCGGUGCAGGUUCCCCUCACAGCUCUCGCAGGUCCUCACUCACAGAACUGUCAGACUCUGCAUCUUACUCUUACACAGACACAUGGCAAGCUGCUUCUACUGAAACAGAAAGAACUGGCAGACUCGAGCCUUGUGGUUCAAAGCAGCAGCAGCCACCGCCCAUUUAUCAGCCACAGAAGCCAAGACCUGGUAUUGUGAAUCAGCUGAAAGAGCAGCUGGAAGAAAGGACACGAGUUCUACAGGCUGAUAUAAAGACACAGCAGAAGGAGCUGUAUAAGAUUAAAGAGAAGCUUCAUACAGCUAACCUCCAGGUCCAGCAGAGGACUGGGCAGGAGGGGCAGUUACAGCCCGUGACUGUGUCCCUUCAGACCGGUACAAGUCUAACGAUGCCGUUAUUUAGCAAUCCCAUGAUGUUCUCUCAUACCACCACCAGACCGUUUCACAACACAAACCAGAGACACGCAGAUGGGUUUUUAAACCAUGAUGAACAAAUACGCUACACCUUAGAGCAGCAGAUCACACCCUCUCUCUCCAUGGAGCAGGUCAACUGUAACAAUGUCCUCGUACCCUCUACCGUCUUCACGCCCCCCAUUGUGGUUCCUCACAACGGCUUCAUGACACAACAGCCUCCGUCAAUGCACAUCAAUCAGCACUGUUUGCAGCCUCAGCAGCAAUUUGAGAUGACCAGAUGUAUCCCCAGUGGGUCUAGUCCAACCACUCUAUACACUUCUAAUGUCCCACAGCAAAGUACUGUGGAAUACAUCCAGCAAACAAUGCUACAACCACCAGUACGGCAGCAGCAGCAACUAAGGCAACACCAACAUUUCCAAAACCCGACUGAUGCUGUUUCAGGCUUCAGAAAUAUGCAAACUAGGUAGUGAUGUGGAUGGAUCCUGCGGUAGAACUUUGUUGUUGCUGGGCAGGCAGCAGAGACCUGUGGCGUGGGAAGUCAACUUGAGCGAAAGAUGUGCUGAAGAAAUACUUACAAGUCAAUAAUAAUUUCGUCACUGAAAUCAUUGUCAAUGACGCCCAAUGACAUUGUCAACAACUUGCCAUUUGUUCUCUGUAUCUCCUUGGAGAAAGCAUACUUAUUUUACUACACAGCACAUAUCAAACAUCCAAGCAUUAAUGAGUGCAGUGUGUCUUCAAGACACGUCAGAGCAGCGUAAUUUUCAAGUGUCAUUACAUAUGAUCACAUUAUUGCUGGCCUUUAAUACAGAUGCACCACUGACUCAAAGUUAUACAUUUCAUUUGAAAUUAAAACUGUAUUUAAUGUUAAAGCAAACAGAGAUUUUAUUCUAAUAUGGGGACUUGAUAUUUAGUAUAAAAAUAGGGUCUUAAACAAAAAAAAACCCCAACAUUUAUAAUAGGUUUAUGUCAAGUCUUUUAUCUUUAUAGUAUGAUUGUUGCAACUCAGAAGAAUAUUUAGGUUGCUGCUCUCUGCGACUGGAAGAGGAUGACCUUUAAGUCCAUCUAGAGGUCAAGAACGGGAGCUGCAACCACUACACUGUGUCUCAGUAAGACAGCACAGCACUAAGAAGAUUUUUAUAUCCGUACUAUUUAACAGGCAGACAAAAAUGGGAGGAAGACAUGUGCCUUAAAACAACUGUAGUCUGGUCUGAUGUUUAUUUUUUGGGAUUACAACUUUUUUCAAUUUAACCCUCUGAUGUCUGUAUAAAUUAUAUUUUUAUAGAUUGUUAUACUUAUAAGAAUGGUAUGUUAUGGAAUUAUUUUUCAUGUUCAAACUGUUAGUAAUCAUUGAAUAUGUAUAUGAACUUAUUUAUCUAUUUCUGAUACCUUUAUGAGAUUAUUUUUAUUUAAAAUGAAUUCGACAAUUGUCCAAUAUAAAAAAGUAUAAAUUGAUUUGAUUGCAUUAAUGCAAUAAAGGGUGAACAUUGGUCCAGACUUGGUGUUGGAGAAAUUUGAGGUGAAAAUGGAUUGGUUAUCACAGCAAUUCAAUAAAAUAGUGUCAUCGCUGAGAUGUAAACUCCCCCCGCCCCCCCAAAAAAUGAAAAUUAAAUAAGAAUCAAACUGACACUGUAUACCCAACUGCAUUGAGUUGCUACAUUCAAACUAUCAGAGAAUUACCGAUAAUCUGAUUACUGACUAAAAUUCACCAAGAAGAAAGAAAUACAUGCACCUGCACACACACACACACACACACACUGCACU